GGGAUUUCAACCAAUAGUUUUACCGUGACCGUUUGAGUGACACACGCUGUAGCUGUGGUGGGGGAAGGGGCCGCUAAAGUUGACGGAACCGCCAUCUUGAAAAGUGCCCUCCGAUGAUCUACCUUUUCGCGCCUGUCAGAAUCAGUUUAAAACGCGUUAUUUUCCUCCGGAAUUUCGUGUUUUUUCCGUGUUCGUCUUGUUAAAGCCUGGGGCUAAUGGCAAGAUAAGCUACAUGUUGGAGACUCGCCGUUUACUGUUGUCUAUCGGUGUGUGCUGUUAAUCUGCUGUAUGUGUGGUUUGCCAGUCUGUCCAUCGCCGCUGUCUGCCUCCCUGUCUGUCCAUCCGGCUCGCCUGGAAUGGGCCACAACUCCCAAAGACUAGAACACACCUCUUUUUAACCUGAGCUCCGCUGUUUGGACUCUAACAUACUCGCAGAGCCAACAUGUUUUGGAAAUUUGACCUCCACACCACAUCCCACAUUGACACCCUGUUAGAGAAGGAGGAUGUGACUCUGACAGAGGUGAUGGAUGAGGACGACGUCCUGCAGGAGUGCAAGGCCCAGAACCACAAACUGGUUGACUUCCUGCUGAGACCACAGUGCAUGGAGGACCUGGUCACCUACAUCACACAGGAACCCAGUGCUGAUGUUGAGGAGAAGGUUAAAUACAAGUAUCCCAACAUAUCAUGUGAGCUGCUUACAUCGGAUGUGGGCCAGAUCAACGACAGACUGGGAGAAGAUGAAAACCUGCUGAUAAAACUGUAUGGCUUCCUGCAGAACGAGCCGCCUCUCAACCCGCUCCUGGCCAGCUUCUUUUCCAAGGUCCUGUCCAUUCUGAUCGGACGCAAGCCCGAACAGAUAGUGGAGUUUCUGCGAAAGCGGGAGGAUUUUGUAGACUUGAUGAUCAAACACAUCGGGACAUCCGCCAUCAUGGACCUGCUGCUCAGAAUGCUCACCUGCAUCGAACCACAACAGCUACGACAGGACGUUCUCAACUGGCUGAAUGAGGAGAAGGUCAUUCAGAGGCUGGUGGACAUGGUACAACCUUCUCAAGAUGAGGAUAGACACUCCAAUGCCUCCCAGUCACUGUGUGAGAUCAUCAGACUGAGUAGAGACCAGAUGUUCCAGGUCCAGGGCUCCUCAGAUCCAGACCCACUUCUGUCCACACUUGAAAAGCAGGAGACGGUGGAGCAGCUGCUUUUUAAUAUCUUUGACAAGGAGAAGAAUGAAUCUGCAAUCGUCAGUGUUAUCCAGAUCCUCCUCACAUUGUUUGAGACAAGGAGACCAGCGUUUGAGGGUCAUAUGGAGUGCCCCCCUGGGAUGUCCCACCCUUCAUUCUCAGUCAACCACAGCAUCCUGGAGGCUGUGAGACCCCGACUCAAAGAUUUUCACCAGCUGCUACUGGAACCCCCAAAGGCCAAUGUGAUGAAGACAACGUGGGGAGUGCUGGACCCUCCUGUGGGCAAUACAAGGCUCAAUGUGGUCAGACUGGUGGCCAGUCUGUUGCAGAGCAACACUCACAGCAUCAACACAGAACUCAUUAACCUCAACACACUGGGAAUCAUACUAGAUAUGUAUUUCAAAUACAUCUGGAACAACUUCCUCCACAUUCAAGUGGAGAUCUGUACAGCCAUGAUUCUGGCUAUGCCCCCCGCCCCCACUGACAUCCAGCCAGACACAGAGCAGGAAAAUGCGAGGGAGAGCAUCCUCAUCAAACAUCUGUUUCAAAAGUGCCAGUUUAUACAGAGAAUCGUAGAGGCCUGGAGCUCCAAUGAGAAGGAACAGGCAGAAGGUGGUCGCCGACGAGGCUAUAUGGGUCACCUCACCAGAAUAGCCAACUCUAUAGUUCAUAACUGUGACAAAGGCCCAAAUGGACCACAGAUACAACAGCUCAUCUCUGAGCUCCCAGCAGAGGACCGAGAGAAAUGGGAGGCCUUUAUUUCUGGGCAGCUGUCAGACACAAACAAGAGAAACACUGUUGACCUGGUGAAUACACACCACAUCCAUUCUUCCAGUGAUGAUGAGGUGGACUUUAAAGACAGCGGCUUUCACCAGGACUCCUCUCUACAACAAGCCUUUUCUGAUUAUCAGAUGCAACAAAUGACGUCCAAUUUUAUUGAGCAGUUCGGCUUCAAUGACGAAGAGUUUGCUGAUCAGGACGAUGUUGUGGAUAUUCCCUUUGAUAGAAUAUCAGACAUCAAUUUUUCACUGAAUACAAAUGAAAGUGCAAAUAUAGCUUUGUUUGAGGCGCGCUGUAAGGAGAAAAUCCAGCAGUUUGAAGACACUGGUUCAGACGAGGAGGAUAUCUGGGAUGAAAAGGAUGUCACCUUCGCACCAGAGGCACAGAGACGCCCCAGGAGUUCAGGCAGCACGGACAGUGAGGAAAGCACGGACUCGGAGGAGGAGGACGGGAAGAGAGAUCCGUUUGAAGCUUCCAACCCCAGCACCGAUGACCGAAUGGAAGUCGACACAGGACCUGUGUGGACGGCCAACUUUGAUGACAUCCCCAUGGACACGGGUACGUCCACAGCUCCGCCAUCCAGCCCCAACAACCCUGCUGCCCCCACUGCUCCGUCCUCCUCCCCCUCUUCUACAGAUGCAUCAUGGAGCGCCACCUCUCCCCCUGCCGCCUCCAAAUCUGCAACCGGCUGGGCUGAUUUCUCCAAUUUCACCCCUGUCAGCCCCAAAGAUCCUCUGAGGUGCAACUCUCCUGUUGCUAUGGAAACGAGCAUGGAGACGAUGGACCCUCUGGGGGUCAAUGCACCCAUGCAGCCUGAAGAUUGUGAUGGCUGGUUGGGUACCAGUGUGGCUUCUCCCUCCUCCACCUCAGCUAAGGAUUGUGGGAGACCUAAAGCGGAGGAGGAAACGGCUUCCUGUGAGCAGCGCAGCAUCACGGAGACGGUCAUCAACGGCUCCAUGAAGGAGACGGUCAGCCUCACUGUUGAUGCCAAGACUGAGACCGCCGUCUUCAAGAGCGAUGAAGAGAAGAGUGCCUCUUCAGAGAAAUACUCUGUAGUAGAGUGUGUGGAUUCGGAGAGAACAGGCGUCACCAGCUCAGCCGCAGCCGGCUGUCCCAAAACAGGUGAGAAGUGUCAGCCCAAUGUUGAGCUUCCCAACGGUCCUCUGGAGGAAAUGUCACCCGUCGAGGAGGCCAAACUGGACCAGAGUGCCGUGUCCUCAGAGCCAGCUGUAAACGGGCCGGUGUGAGGGCCUUCGAACGCCAGCUGACGUCCAGUCUGUUCUGCCAUGCAGGGCCCUCCUGCUAGCCAGCCAGCGGAGGCCACUGCUCAGAGCUGUACCAAUCACACGCCCCCCACCAGGACCAGCAAUACUCCUAUUGGCUCAUCACUGACGGACAAGACAGGUGUACAGACACAGGACAAACUGCAAAGCAAAAUGAGAGACACUCAAAUGGAUACAGAAUAACUUUUUCUGCAUUUGUUUAUAUACUAUUGUUCUUAUGAGGUGAUGUGCAACUGAUAUCUUGCCACUCAAAAUUAAAUAGUAAUGUUGCUAUAGUUAAAGAAAUGAUUGUAUGAAUAAAAUAUUUUAUAAAAAGAAAAAUGUAUACAGAAACAUAAGAUGAAUUACCACAGAACCAGGAAUACUGGCUGGAGCUGUCAUCCUGCAUACUUAAUACAACAGUUGCUAUAUUUCAAAUUAUCACCACCAUUGGUCCUUGUCUCUGAGCCAAGCUGCUCCCACCAAUUGAAACACAUUUUAAAAAGGACACAAUCAAAGUUUUAUUUUCGCUGCAGGUAUUAUUUGUAAAUGUUUUUCUCUUGUAUUCUUCUGCAAUGAGUAAGAUUUGAGACUUUUUUUCCCCAGGUAUAAUUUGUAUUAUUUAUUAUGGAAGUAAGACUAUGGUUAUGUUUUGUUACUGAAGAGCCUACCAGCACACACCCCUUCCAUAAAGGCUGCGUUCAUGCUGACUGGGUUCCCUCCUGGCAGCUAGAAGGCUACCAGGAGAGAUCCAGUGUGACGUCACCACAGCCUGAACUGGGAGCUAGUGAUUUUAGUCCCAACUAAACUUCUUCAGAAACACAGUCCUCUUCUUUGGCCCAAUACUCUUCUUUUUUUUUCUGAAGUGCUUAUUACUCGCCCUUUUUAAAAUCGGUCACAUAUUUGAAGAUGCACGGUGCAGAACUCUGACUACCAGAACGUGGUAGUUCGCCUCGUGGAGCUCUUCUACCGGGAGACGGGCCCGUUGAAACAGCUGCGCUGCUGAUUAGGUUCCAGCUACAGGUGUUUAUUCUCUGACUAACGGCUGGGGGAACCCACGACACCGCUCUCUUCAAGGGGCCGUUAGCCAAUGUGAGGCUCGGGCCAAGAAGUGGCCCACGGUUCACUGGCCGCUGCCGUCUGACGACACACUGUCGACCAAUCAAAUCAGUGCUCACAUUCCUGGUCGCGAGCGGUGAAACGCGCUUGUUUAAGUGCUAAUUAUUGAAACCUGGAACGGUGAGAAGUUUCCAGAGUUGUAAAAGCCUCCCUCACAAUGUGCCCCCACCCGCAGACUCCAGUGUCCCGUGGUCCUCAUCCUCACGUGUGUUUGCUGCUAGCGUCAGUCUGAGCCCUCGUGCCACCGGGGUUUGUCUUUGGAUCGCCACGCGGGCCAGCUGUUGGUCUCCGGAUGAAACCAGAUCCGGCUGAUCUCGAUUGGCAGCAGACUUGUUGCACGUGACCGCUGACGCUCCUGCAGCUGGGUUUCAAUGGUGUCUGUUGCAGCCUUUCCGUGGACUCGCCAAAUGUGAACUUGUUUUUUUUUUCUUCGUCUACAUCUUGGCAACAAAUGACUCGCUGGUUGGGGUUUGGAUCCAAAAUAAAAUGUACCUAAGUUUUCUGUACCGUACCAGCAUUGGAAGGGGAAGAAGCUAUUUACGGAUGAUUGUUCAACCCACUUUUUUGUCAGAUUAAUUAAAUGUCAUCUUAAUUUCUGAAGCCAA